GCCCUCUCUAGGUUGCCGGGCUCGCUUUAGGUGUUGGCACGGGAUGGCGGAGGCGCCUCCUGUCUCAGGUACUUUUAAAUUCAAUACGGAUGCUGCUGAGUUUAUUCCUCAGGAGAGAAAAAAUUCUGGUCUAAAUUGUGGGAGUCAAAGGAGACUAGAUUCUAAUAGGAUUGAUAGAAGAAAUUAUAGUUCACCACCUCCCUGUCACCUUUCCAGGCAAGUCCCUUAUGAUGACAUCUCUGCUGUUCAUCAGCACAGUUAUCCUUUGGGAGGCAAACCUAAAAGUCAACAGAUUUCUUUUCAGUCCUCUGCUUCUAACAAAUCACUCAAGAGCCAUGGCCUUCAGAAUCAACCUUGGCAGAAAUUGAGGAGUGAAAAGCAGCAUAUCAAAGUCAAGAAAGUACAGAAUCUCGCUGACCAGACCUCAGAUGCAGCUGGCUUAGAAAGUGUGGCAAGGUCAGAGAGUGGGACAAACCCCAGAGAACACAGCCCUUCUGAGAAUGAGAAGGAAAUUGUUGGUGCAGAUCCCAGGGGAGCAAAACCCAAAAAAGCAGCCCAGUUUGUGUACAGCUAUGGUAGAGGACCAAAAGUCAAGGGAAAACUCAAAUGUGAGUGGGGUAACAGAAUGACUCCAAAAUCCGAGGAUGCUGGACCUGAAAAUACCAAACCUGUGGGGGUUAUCCACCCUGACUCUUUGGAUACAUCCUUUAAGAAAGGAGUAUUGGAUGGGUAUGCGGCCAGACGCAAUGAGCAAAGAAGAUACCCACAGAAAAGGCCUCCCUGGGAAGUGGAAGGGGCCAGGCCACGACCAGGCAGGAAUCCACCAAAACAAGAGGGCCAACGACAUACAAAUGCCGGACCCAGAAACAACAUGGCCCCCAUUCCAAAGGAUAAUCCUCAUGAAAGACCAGCAAAAUCUGCCUGUGACAAUGGGAACUUGGCAGUCGUCAACAAGUCUUCCAGAAGGGUUGACCCAGAGAAAUGUGCUGUAAGGAGGCAGGAGCCUCAAGUAACAUCUUUCCCCCGAGGCAAACAGAACCACGUGCUAAAGAAUGUGGAAACACACACAGGUUCUCUAAUUGAACAGCUAACUACAGAAAAAUACGAGUGCAUGGUGUGCUGUGAAUUGGUUCGCGUCACAGCACCAGUGUGGAGUUGUCAGAGCUGUUACCAUGUGUUUCAUUUGAACUGCAUAAAGAAAUGGGCACGGUCUCCAGCAUCUCAAGCAGAUGGCCAGAGUGGUUGGAGGUGCCCUGCCUGUCAGAAUGUUUCUGCACAUGUUCCUAAUACUUACACUUGUUUCUGUGGCAAGGUAAAGAAUCCUGAAUGGAGCAGAAAUGAAAUUCCACAUAGUUGUGGUGAGGUUUGUAGAAAGAAACAGCCUGGCCAGGACUGCCCACAUUCCUGUAACCUUCUCUGCCAUCCUGGACCUUGCCCACCCUGCCCUGCCUUCAUGACUAAAACAUGUGAAUGUGGACGGACCAGGCACACAGUUCGCUGUGGUCAGGCCAUCUCAGUCCACUGUUCCAAUCCAUGUGAAAAUCUUUUGAACUGUGGUCAGCACCACUGUGCUGAGCUAUGCCAUGGGGAUCAAUGCCAGCCUUGUCGGAUCAUAUUGAACCAGGUAUGCUACUGUGGCAGCACUUCCCGAGAUGUGUUGUGUGGAACAGAUGUAGGAAAGUCUGAUGGAUUUGGCGACUUUGGCUGUUUAAAGAUAUGUGGCAAGGACUUGAAAUGUGGGAAUCAUACCUGUUCUCAAGUGUGCCACCCUCAGCCCUGCCAGCCAUGCCCACGGCUUCCCCACCUGGUGCGCUGUUGCCCUUGUGGCCAGACUCCUCUCAGCCAAUUGCUAGAACUUGGAAGUAGUGGUCGGAAAACAUGCAUGGAUCCUGUCCCUUCAUGUGGAAAAGUGUGCGGCAAGCCUCUGCCAUGUGGUUCCUUAGAUUUCAUUCAUACCUGCGAAAAGCUCUGCCAUGAAGGAGACUGUGGACCAUGCUCUCGUACAUCAGUUAUUUCCUGCAGAUGCUCUUUCAGAACAAAGGAGCUUCCAUGUACCAGUCUAAAAAGUGAAGAUGCUACAUUUAUGUGUGAUAAGCGGUGUAACAAGAAACGGUUGUGUGGACGGCAUAAAUGUAAUGAGAUAUGCUGUGUGGAUAAGGAGCACAAGUGUCCUUUGAUUUGUGGGAGGAAACUCCGUUGUGGCCUUCAUAGAUGUGAAGAACCUUGUCACCGUGGGAACUGCCAGUCCUGCUGGCAAGCCAGUUUUGAUGAGCUAACCUGCCACUGUGGUGCGUCAGUGAUCUACCCGCCUGUUCCCUGUGGUACAAGACCCCCUGAGUGUACCCAGACCUGUGCCAGAGUCCACGAAUGUGACCAUCCAGUGUAUCAUUCUUGUCAUAGUGAAGAGAAGUGUCCCCCCUGUACUUUCCUAACUCAGAAAUGGUGCAUGGGAAAACACGAGUUACGGAGCAACAUCCCCUGUCACCUGGCUGAUAUCUCUUGCGGAUUACCCUGCAGUGCCACGCUGCCGUGUGGGAUGCACAAGUGUCAGAGACUCUGUCACAAAGGAGAGUGUCUUGUGGAUGAGGCCUGCAAGCAGCCCUGCCCCACCCCCAGAGCUGACUGUGGCCACCCGUGUAUGGCCCCCUGCCACCCCAGCUCACCCUGCCCCAUGACUGCUUGUAAAGCCAAGAUAGAGCUGCAGUGUGAAUGUGGACGAAGAAAAGAGAUGAUGAUUUGCUCCGAAGCAUCCAGUACUUAUCAAAGAAUAGCUGCUAUUUCCAUAGCCUCUAAAAUAACAGACAUGCAGCUUGGAGAUUCAGUGGAAAUCAGCAAAUUAAUUACUAAGAAGGAAAUUCACCAAGCCAGGCUGGAGUGUGAUGAGGAGUGUUUAGCCUUGGAAAGGAAAAAGCGGUUAGCAGAGGCAUUUCAUAUUAGUGAGGAUUCCGAUCCUUUCAAUGUACGUUCUUCAGGGUCAAAAUUCAGUGACAGUUUAAAAGACGAUGCCAGGAAGGAUUUAAAGUUUGUCAGUGACAUUGAAAAAGAAAUGGAAGCCCUUGUGGAGGCCGUGAAUAAGGGAAAGAAUAGUAAGAAGAGCCACUGCUUCCCUCCCAUGAACAGAGACCACCGCCGGAUCAUCCACGACCUGGCCCAAGUGUAUGGCCUGGAGAGCGUGAGCUAUGACAGUGAACCAAAGCGCAAUGUCGUGGUCACUGCAGUCAGAGGGAAGUCCAUUUGUCCUCCUAGCACGCUGACAUGUGUCCUUGAAAGGGAAAUGCAGUCACGACCUCCACCACCAAUUCCUCAUCACAGACAUCAGACAGACAAGAAUCCUGCAAGCAGUAAUUUACAGAAAAUAGCCAAGGAACCAGUAAUUGACUACUUUGAUGUCCAGGACUGAGAAGAUCAAGAUGCACUUAGAUAAAAGAAUGAUUAGGUGUGAUGGAGACUUGUUUGCCAGCAGAUAAAUCAUGCUUGUUCCCAACUGCCUGGUGGACUCACACACAGUCUCACAUACUGUCUUGUACUGAUAAGUCCAAAGCAUGAGUGUGUCAGAAAUUCCCUUGUCCUCUCUUCUGUCUGUAUAAAGUGUUUCAGUACAGCCAGAUCUCUGACUAGAUGGUCACUAGUGAUUCAGUCAUGUAUUUGCAGAGGCUCCACCAUCACUGAUUGCUCAGA